AUGGCUCCGCCAGGUAUUACCGGUGAUUCUUCGCGCAAAAGAUCAGCUUCACCGUUACCUAGCGAUGGAAAUAAUCGCUACGAGUUACGCAGCAAGGCAAAGAAAGCGAAAGUUGGCCAGAAGCUAGGUUUCUUAUCACUGCCAGCCGAGUUACGCAACAUGGUCUAUGAUCUCACCCUCGUACAAAGACGAAUCAUCAUCAACUGUGAUCGUCGCAACAUGCGUUUUCGACACAAUCGAAACCAUCCUGUCUCUGGUCCUCUCAUACGCACCUGCAAGACGGUUUACGCUGAUGCCAGAGCUCUAAUGUACUCAGCCACAUUCGAGCUUGAGAACAUGGAUUACCUCGAGAAAUGGCUGAGAACCCUCGGUUCAGGAGCUGUCGACAUACGAGACAUCAGAUUGACACGGUCAUUCCAAGCAUACUUCGCUCAAAGUUACGGAGUUAAUCUCCCGGUGCGGAACCAAAAAGAUUACAGAGCUACCACGCGACAGGUUGCCAAACUCCUGAGUGGCUGCCGACAUCUCGAAAAUCUAGACUUGGGCUUCUUGUACACCAAGAAGUUCCGGACGACGCCCCUCAUCGAGAACAAAGAUAACCCUGCGUACUGGCAAAAGGAGGCACGACUUCUUGCCGAGAUGGUGUUCCGCGAUUUGUUCGUCCUGCUAGUAGCGGCUAAGGCUUCCGGCAAGACAGUGGACCAAGUGGCGAGCUUACCCCAAAUCCACCACAAGAACUUUGAGUGUAUCAAACACCAUCCCUCCAAUGUGGGGAAUGGCAAUCCACAACGAGAAACAGCUUGUCACAUGAAGUUAUUGAUUGCGAAGUACAUCGGAAAUCGAUCACACCCCCGGAAGCCAGGUAGCUCAGCUUUUUUGGCAUAG